CCAAUCCAUCCCCCUUUUCCCCCGCCGACAACUCCUCAAACUGGAACAGCCUCAGUCGCUCGCCUAUCGAGUAGAAUAUUAAUAACUUAUAGACUCAACAGCAAUUACACCCGUUUCCUUACUGGUCAUCAUAAAGCAUGGCGCAAGCAUCCAGAUAUCUGACCGGCGACAAGGCUGGAAUCCAAGAAUUUCUUGAUAAGUUCGAUGUCUUUCUCCUGGAUUGCGAUGGCGUUUUGUGGUCGGGGGAUAGGCUCCUCCCUGGCGUUCGCGAGGCCAUCGAGUUUCUUCAGUCAAAAGGCAAACGCACGAUAUUUGUAACCAACAAUUCGACCAAAUCCCGACAAGAGUAUCACAAGAAGUUCACCCGCCUAUCCAUCCCCUGCACACCGGAUGACAUUUUCGGCUCAUCCUACUCGGCUGCCAUCUACGUCUCCCGUAUCCUCGCCCUCCCAACCUCGGACAAGCCCAAGGUCUUCGUCCUCGGCGAAGCCGGAGUCGAAGAUGAGCUCCGCGCCGAAGGCGUCUCCUUCAUAGGAGGCACGGACCCGGCCCUCCGGCGCGACAUCACCCCGGAAGAUUUCGACAACCUAGCCGACGGGUCCGCCCUCGAUCCGGAAGUCGGCGCCGUUCUCUGCGGCCUCGACUUUCACGUCAACUACCUCAAGCUCGCCACCGCCGCCCAGUACCUGCGCCGCGGCGCCCUCUUCCUCGCCACCAACACCGACUCGUCCCUGCCCAUGUCCGGGAGCUUCUUCCCCGGCGCCGGUUCCGUCGGUUUCCCCCUCGUCAACAUGCUCGGCCGUAAACCGCUGGCCCUCGGGAAGCCCAGCCAGGCCAUGAUGGACGCCGUGGAGGGCAAGUUCCACCUCGACCGCGCCCGGACGUGCAUGAUCGGCGACCGGCUCGACACCGACAUUCGGUUCGGCAUCGAAGGCGGGUUGGGCGGCACGCUGGCCGUCUUGACCGGCGUGAAUAAGCGGGAGGACUGGGAGAAGCCGGAUGCCGCUGCCGUUCCGGCCUAUCAUGUGGAUGGGUUGGGCGACUUGAAAUUUUGACAUUUGUUCGUUGUGCGACUUGCUAGGCAUGGCAUUGCGAGCGGACUUGAGACACAACCUUACAACUUAAAGUAGAGAGCGAAUUUCUCUGCCCUGGUCUGUGACCUGGCUCAACUCGAAAGGGAGUCCAUACCCCCCCCCUGUCUCUUAAUUCCUUCUCGCCUCUCCUCUCAUUCUGAUCCCAGCAACACGGGCCUACGUGUCGUGUUGCAUUAAUCAAUCAGGAUAUCAAGUAAACUAUAUGGUCCUGUGAUAUACCAAUUCCAGCCAUCUAGCGUCUCUCC